ACAUCACCGUAAAAAAGCAGAGUCUCUGGCCCCGCCUGCUUACUGACUUUCUUGCGCUCUCUGCACCAAGAACAGCACAGCACAAUCCCACUGAUAGCAGCAAUGGGAGAGGAAACAGAUGAAACAGUGCACAUAGCAACAUGACAUGAAUCAUCCAGGGGUCACCUGUAUCAUUUUAGGCCUGUCUAUAAAGCCCUGUCACUUCAGACACGUUAAAGAGAGAGCUGAUGGCAGAUAUUUCUCCUUUUCUUGCCUUUCCUCCUCAGUUAGACUGGAGCCUGGAAUACACACAGAUGUUACUUUUUGCCCUGACAAGUUGUGGCAAUUUGUUUCUGCCAUCAUCUUCAAAGCCUGCACGACACAUUAUGGUGCUGCAGCCUGCGUGCUGCAGGGCAGCCCUGGCUAAGCCGUCGCCAGGAACUGUUUGCAAGUGAUCUUUCACUGAGGUACCCCUCGACUCCAUUGAAUGAUGCUAAGAGAGCACAAAAGCCUGCUCGUCUUUUACAUGACGUCCUUUCAUGUGGGCUCACACCUUUCUCUCAGAGAAGCACAGGGUAUAAAAGUAGAGGAAAAGCAUCUCAACUGAUAGAGCUGCUUCCUCUUUACCUUUAAGGAAUUACAUUUGACAGUCUCAAAGAAGAAAUGAGGCCCAAGAAGAUGCUGUGCUACUGUCAAACGUCUGCAUGUUGCUGUGAAGCUGUGGAGAAGUACCACUGACUGCAUAGGCUUUAGAAAUACCAUUGUUGGUGACACAUGGAAAAGAGGCAGGCAAAUGCAGCUCUCACAUCCAGUGCUGCCAGGGGGAUUACAAAGUCAGAGAUGCCCCUGGUAUUUCUACAAUAGGUUCUCCUUUCUUUCCAAAGAUUCAAUCUCAAGUUUGUAGUGAGGAAGAAGUUCAUGAAGAAGCAGGGCUCAUUUACUGAAACAGUGAUUGUCCUCAGCAAUUUGUUAAAUAACUUGAAUCCCAAAAAGUUACCCAUGCCUUUAAAAAUUACAUAACCUAGAACUGGACCCAAGAAGAGAAGAAAAGCCUCAUGGAACCUGUCCAGCCACAGCACCUUUCAUGGUGACAUCAUCAGCAGCACCCCUGCAGCUGGCCCACAGCUCCCUAGCAACCCCACACUUCACACCCAAACUUUCAAGGCAAAAGCAAGUAUCUGAUGCCCAUGAAGCUCGGCCUGCCACUGAGUAGGGAAGAGUCGAUGGAGAUUGACUUCCCACUCGUUGUCGAGGAGCCCAUGGAGGUCGACCUGCCCCUGAGCGAUGAGGAGCCCAUGGAGGUCGACCUGCCCCUGAGCGAUGAGGAGCCCAUGGAGGUCGACUCAUCGCUCAGUGGCGAGGAGCCCAUGGAGGUCGACCCGCCAUCACUGCCAGCAAGCCCAGGGUACCUCCAGGCUCACCCCGUCGCAGCACCACCUGGGGCUCUGCCAGUCAUCUUCAGAGCCAGCUUCCAGUAAGAGGCACCAGAUCACCAGCAUCCGGCAGUGAAGACAGCAGCACCCUCAC